GCUCACAGCUCUUUGGGGUGCAGCAGGGUCCAUGCCGGCACUCCUGGGCACUGGGACGGUGCCACCGCCUUGGGUAAGGGCUGGACGGAUCUGUCCCUGUUCCGCUGGGCUCUGCGCGGUGCCGGUGGGCGAGCGGCAGCCGGGGUCUUGCCAGGGUCCCCGUGUGCUGCCCGGGGGAACCCCUAUCCCGGUGCUUCGUCUCUGAGGGCGAGGGCUGCUCGCAGCAAAUCCGGGUGGGCUCCUUGCACCGGGGACCACCCUGCCACCUCCUCCCUACGCCUUGAGCCAGCAGGAACUCCUUGGGUAUCCCUUGUGCACCCUUGCUGGCCAUCCCCAGGUUUCGGGGCUGCACCCUGUGUUUGCUCUCCCAAAGGGGAACAGCCUGGAACCGGUGGUUUAUUGCACUCUUUGGGUCUGCUGCACGUUUCCCAUCGCAGCUGGAGGAGUCAGAUGCUGCGCUGCACCCAAGGGUGCCCUGCCCAGCCUGGGACCUCCCUGCGGUUGCCUGUGGCACGGUGCGACCGUCUGGUGCGGGGAGAUCGCCCCGCUCCCCUCUGCGUGCCGGGAGCUCCGUGGUCCAGCUCCGCAGGGAAGGAUGCCGUGCCCCAGCUUGGGGCAUCUCUCCGGGUGUGGGUGCCCCGGGGGCUGCAGGGAUGACCGGUGCUGAAUCCCGCUCCCCAUCUCUUGCAGAGCACAUCCCCGCGGUGCUACAGGCUGGAGCUGUGGGGUCUGGUCGCCGUGGGGCUCCUGGGGCUCGGCUACCUGCUCUACCAUGCUGACCAGCUGUGGCCCAGCAUGGUCCCUGAGCGCAGCACCCUCCCCAGCCCCCGGGCAGCCCCCAGGCUCCCCCCGACCCGGGCUCUGCCCACCCCUGCCCCGUGUGUGGCCAAUGCCUCGGUCCACAACAUCUCCGGCUUCGCCAAGCUGCCCGGCCACGUGCAGGACUUCAUGCGUGGUACCCGGCGCUGCCGGUCCUUCCCGGCGCUGCUCAGCAUCCCCGGCAAGUGCGGGGGGCCCGAGGGGUCCCCCAACAUCUUCCUCCUCUUGGCCAUUAAGUCAUCACCGGUGAACUACGAGCGGCGGGAGGUGAUCCGCAAGACCUGGGGGCAGGAGAAGACCUUUGAAGGAGCCUUCAUCCGCCGAGUCUUCCUUGUGGGGGUGGCCCCCAGCGCCCGGGAUGCCAAGAAACUCAACUGGCUGCUGCGGCUGGAGCAGCGGGAGCACGGGGACGUGCUGCAGUGGGACUUCAGGGACACCUUCUUCAACCUGACGCUGAAGCAGGUGCUUUUCCACGCCUGGCUGGAGGAGCACUGCCCCGGCGUCCGCUUCAUCUUCAACGGGGACGACGACGUCUUCGUCAACACGGACAACGUCGUCCGCUUCGCGAUGGGCGUCCAGGAGCAGCACCUCAUGGUGGGGCAGCUCUUCGUCAACAACAGCCCCGUCCGGCUCCAGCGCAGCAAGUACUUCGUGCCCACGCAGCUCCUGGCCUCCGACCGCUACCCACCCUACUGCGGCGGCGGCGGGAUGCUCAUGUCGGGCUUCACCGCCCGUGUGAUUUCCCGGGAGUCACGGGACGUCGAGCUCUUCCCCAUCGACGACGUCUACCUGGGCAUGUGCUUGGAGAAGGCAGGGCUGCUGCCCGCUUCCCACGCUGGCAUCCGGACCGUGGGCGUGGGGGUGCUGGCCAACACUGACCCCUUCGAUCCCUGCUACUACCGGGAGCUGCUGCUGGUGCACCGCUUCACGCCCUACGAGAUGGCGGUGAUGUGGCAGGCCAUCCACGAGCCCCAGCUGCUCUGCGGCAAGAGGGUGAGCAUCUUCUAGGGCGGCCGAGGAGGACUGAGAGCCAGGAUGAAAUGCUGGUGCAACCUGAGGGCUGCGGCUUU